ACAGGAGGUUCAACAACAACUGGUGGAUCGACAACUGAUGGGUCAACAACAACUGCUACCUCAACUACAGUGGGAGGGCCAACAACAACUGCCCCAUCAACAACAACUGCUGGAGGGUCAACCACAACUGCUGCCUCAACUACAACAGGAGGGUCAACAACAACUGGUGCAUCAACUACAAAAGGAGGUUCAACAGCAACUGGUACAUCAUCUACUGGAGGGUCAUCAACAACUGGUGGGUCUACAACAAUUGAUGCCUCAACUACAACAGGAGGUUCAACAACAACUGGUGGAUCAACAACUGCUGCCUCAACUACAACAGGAGGUUCAACAACAACUGGCGGAUCGACAACUGAUGGGUCAACCACAACUGCUGCCUCAACUACAACAGGGGGUUCGACAACAACUGUUGGAUCAACAACAACUGCUGCCACAACUACAAUGGGAGGUUCAACAACUGGUGGAUCAACAACUGGUGGGUCAACAACAACGGGAGGUUCAAUAAUUGGUGGAUCAACAGCUAGUGGGUCAACAACAACUGCUGCCUCAACUACAACAGGAAGUUCAACAACAACUGGUGGAUCAACAACUGGUGGGUCAACAACAACUGCUGCCUCAUCUACAAAAGGAGGGUCAACAACAACUGCUGCCUCAACUACAACGGGAGAGUCAACAGCAACUGGUGCAUCAACAACAACGGGAGGUUUAACAACAAGUGGCGGACCAACAACUGGUGGGUCAACAACAACUGCUGCCUCAACUACAACAGGAAGUUCAACAACAACUGGUGGAUCAACAACUGGUGGGUCAACAACAACUGCUGCCUCAUCUACAAAAGGAGGGUCAACAACAACUGCUGCCUCAACUACAACGGGAGAGUCAACAGCAACUGGUGCAUCAACAACAACGGGAGGUUUAACAACAAGUGGCGGACCAACAACUGGCGGUUCAACAACUGCUGCCUCAACAACAACUGGUGGAUCAACAACAACUGCUGCCUCAACUACAACAGGAGGGUCAACAAUAACUGCCACAUCAACAAUACUUGGUGAAUCAACAACAACUGCUGCCUCAACAACAACUGGUGAAUCAACAACUGGUGGGUCAACAACAACUGCUGCCUCAUCUACAACAGGAGGGUCAACAACAACUGGCGCAUCAACAACAACUGGAGGUUCAACAACAACUGGUGGAUCAACAACUGGUGGGUCAACAACAACUGCUGACACAACUACAACAGGAGGGUCAACAACAACUGGUGCAUCAGCAACAACUGGUGAAUCAACAACUGCUGCAUCAACUACAACAGGAGGUUCAACAACAAUUGGCGGUUCAACAACUGCUGCCUCAACAACAACUGGUGGAUCAACAACAACUGCUGCCUCAACUACAACAGGAGGGUCAACAAUAACUGCUGCAUCAACAACAACUAGUGAAUCAACAACAACUGCUGCCUCAACUACAACAGGAGGGUCAACAAUAACUGGCCCAUCAACAACAACUAGUGAAUCAACAACAACUGCUGCCUCAACUACAAUAGGAGGUUUAAUAAUUGCUAUCUCAACUACAACGGGAGGUUCAACAACAACUGGCGGAUCAACAACUGGUGGGUCAACAAUAACUGGCUCAUCAACAACAAUUGGUGAAUCAACAUCAACUGCUGCCUCAACUACGACAAGAGGUUCAACAACAACUGGCGGUUCAACAACUGCUGCCUCAACAACAACUGGUGGAUCAACAACUGGUGGGUCAACAACAACUGCUGCCUCAACUACAACGGGAGAGUCAACAACAACUGGCACAUCAACAACAACGGGAGGUUUAACAACAACUGGUGGAUCAACAACAACUAGUGGGUCAACAACAACUAGUGGGUCAACAACAUCUGGUGCGUCAACUACAACUGGAAGCUCAACAACUACUGGUGCAUCAACUACUGAAGGGUCAACAACAACUGGUGCAUCAACAACUACUGGUGCAUCAACAACUGGCGGAUCAACAACAACAACAACAACAACUGCUGUCUCAAUUACAAUUGGAAGUUCAACAACAACUGGUGCAUCAACUAUAACUGAAGGAUCAACAACAACUGGUGCAUCAACUACAACUGGUGGGUCGACAUCAACAGCUGUCUCAACUACAACUGGAGGUUCAACAACAACUACUGGAUCCACAACAACCUCUGCUUCAACAACAUCUGUUGGAACAACAGCAACAACAACUACUACAACUAAUGCACCUGUCCAGCCAGUUGUGGUUAUCGCAGCAAUCAUAGUCGAACCAUUUGUAGAAGAAUUAAAAGAUUCAAACAGUGCACAAUUUAAGAGUCUUGAGGCAAAAGUUGUCGCAGUGUAUAAUGUUAUCUACAAGAAAAGAUAUGGCCUCCUCUUCAUCCGCAGUUUUGUCAUAGCUUUUAGACAAGCUGUGACCAGAACACGAAUGGAAAAUACUGAAGCAGAGGUGGGGGUUGAGUUCAACAAUACUGCAUCAUCUUCUGAUAUCCCACAGUCAGGUGAUGUGGCAGACACCUUAAUAGAAGCUGUGUCUAACUCCAGCAACAAUUUCAACCUCUCUGUUCAGACUGACUCCAUCAAAGUAGUUCCUUCAACAACAACUGGUGCGCCAACUAUAACUGGAGGUUCAACAACAACAAUUAGUGGGUCAACAACAACUGCUGCCUCAACUACAACAGGAGCUUCAACAACAACUGGUACAUCAGCUACUGGAGUAUCAACAACAACUGGGGGAUCUACUACAACUGGUGCGUCAACUACAACUGGGGGAUCAACAACAACUGUUGCCUCAACUAUAACUGGAGGUUCAACAACAACAAUUAGUGGGUCAACAACAACUAGAGGUUCAACGACAACUGGUGGGUCAACAACAACUGCUGCCUCAACUACAACAGGAGCUUCAACAACAACUGGUACGUCAGCUACUGGAGGGUCAACAGCAACUGGGGGAUCUACUACAACUGGUGGAUCAACAGCAAAUGGUGGAUCAACUACAACUGGUGCAUCAACUACAACUGGUGCGUCAACUACAACUGGUGCAUCAACUUCAACUGAUGUCUCAACAACAACUGGUGCGUCAACUACAACUGGGGGAUCAACCACAACUGUUGCCUCAACUAUAACUGGAGGUUCAACAACAACAAUUAGUGGGUCAACAACAACUGCUGCCUCAACUACAACAGGAGCUUCAACAACAACUGGUACAUCAGCUACUGGAGUAUCAACAACAACUGGGGGAUCUACGACAACUGGUGCCUCCACACCAACUGAAACAACUGCAGCCCCCACUUUAAAUACUACAGCUACAACUGCUACAAAUACAAUGACCAGUGCUGCAACUCCAAUUAUUGCUGCUACAACUACAACAACAACGGUCGCAACUACAACCACAACAACUCCUACAACCACUACAUCUGUAGCGACAACUGCUGAGGCAGUCACAACAAGGCGGCUGACUUUUAGAUCUGCUGGACAGACAUUUACAAGUGACUUGCUGAAUCCAUCAUCUGCAGCAUUUACAAGUCAAGCCACAAUGAUAAAGUCAACACUUGAACCUUUCUACCGAAACGCAUUUCCUUCAUUCCGCUCCUUGACAGUGAUUUCUUUCAGUAAUGGAUCAAUCAUCAACACCAUGGACCUAGGAUUUGCAUCUGCAUCUGUACCUAAUGACACUCAGAUUGGAAAUACUUUGGUCAGCGCAGCUUCAAACAUCACAGCCUUCAACAUUGACACCACUUCCAUUUCUGUGAAUGGCACACCUGUAGCUUCAACAACUGGUGCACCAACUACAACUGGGGGAUCAACAACAACUGUUGCCUCAACUAUAACUGGAGGUUCAACAACAACAAUUAGUGGGUCAACAACAACUAGAGGUUCAACGACAACUGGUGGGUCAACUACAACUGGAGGUUCAACAGCAAGUGGUGGGUCAACUACAACAGGAGCUUCAACAACUAGUGGUGCAUCAACUACAACUGGUGGGUCAAUAACAACUGCUGCCUCAACUACAACAGGAGCUUCAACAACAACUGGUACAUCAGCUACUGGAGUAUCAACAACAACUGGGGGAUCUAUGACAACUGUUGCCCCAACACCAACUGAAACAACUGCAGCCCCCACUUUAAAUACUACAGCUACAACAAAUACAAUGGCCAGUGCUGCAACUCCAAUUAUUGCUGCUACAACUACAACAACAACGGUCACAACUACAACCACAACAACUCCCACAACCACUACAUCUGUAGCGACAACUGCUGAGGCAGUCACAAGGCAGCUGACUUUUAGAUCUGCUGGAGAGAUAUUUAUAAGUGACUUGCUGAAUCCAUCAUCUGCAGCAUUUACAAGUCGAGCCACAAUGAUAAAAUCAACACUUGAACCUUUCUACCGAAACGCAUUUCCUUCAUUCCGCUCCUUGACAGUGAUUUCUUUCAGUAAUGGAUCAAUCAUCAACACCAUGGACCUAGGAUUUGCAUCUGCAUCUGUACCUAAUGACACUCAGAUUGGAAAUACUUUGGUCAGCGCAGCUUCAAACAUCACAGCCUUCAACAUUGACACCACUUCCAUUUCUGUGAAUGGCACACCUGUAGCUUCAACAACUGGUGCACCAACUACAACUGGGGGAUCAACAACAACUGUUGCCUCAACUAUAACUGGAGGUUCAACAACAACAAUUAGUGGGUCAACAACAACUAGAGGUUCAACGACAACUGGUGGGUCAACUACAACAGGAGCUUCAACAACUAGUGGUGCAUCAACUACAACUGGUGGGUCAAUAACAACUGCUGCCUCAACUACAACAGGAGCUUCAACAACAACUGGUACAUCAGCUACUGGAGUAUCAACAACAACUGGGGGAUCUAUGACAACUGUUGUCCCAACACCAACUGAAACAACUGCAGCCCCCACUUUAAAUACUACAGCUACAACAAAUACAAUGGCCAGUGCUGCAACUCCAAUUAUUGCUGCUACAACUACAACAACAACGGUCACAACUACAACCACAACAACUCCCACAACCACUACAUCUGUAGCGACAACUGCUGAGGCAGUCACAAGGCAGCUGACUUUUAGAUCUGCUGGAGAGACAUUUAUAAGUGACUUGCUGAAUCCAUCAUCUGCAGCAUUUACAAGUCGAGCCACAAUGAUAAAAUCAACACUUGAACCUUUCUACCGAAACGCAUUUCCUUCAUUCCGCUCCUUGACAGUGAUUUCUUUCAGUAAUGGAUCAAUCAUCAACACCAUGGACCUAGGAUUUGCAUCUGUACCUAAUGACACUCAGAUUGGAAAUACUUUGGUCAGCGCAGCUUCAAACAUCACAGCCUUCAACAUUGACACCACUUCCAUUUCUGUGAAUGGCACACCUGUAGCUUCAACAACUGGUGCACCAACUACAACUGGGGGAUCAACAACAACUGUUGCCUCAACUAUAACUGGAGGUUCAACAACAACAAUUAGUGGGUCAACAACAACUAGAGGUUCAACGACAACUGGUGGGUCAACUACAACAGGAGCUUCAACAACUAGUGGUGCAUCAACUACAACUGGUGGGUCAACAACAAUUGAUGCCUCAACUACAACAGGAGCUUCAACAACAACUGGUACGUCAGCUACUGGAGGGUCAACAACAACUGGGGGAUCUAUGACAACUGGUGCCCCAACACCAACUGCUGUAGCUUCAACAACUGGUGCACCAACUACAACUGGAGGUUCAACAACAACAAUUAGUGGGUCAACUACAACUGGAGGUUCAACGACAACUACUGGAUCCACAACAACCUCUGCUUCAACAACAUCUGUUGGAACAACAGCAACAACAACUACUACAACUAAUGCACCUGUCCAGCCAGUUGUGGUUAUCGCAGCAAUCAUAGUCGAACCAUUUGUAGAAGAAUUAAAAGAUUCAAACAGUGCACAAUUUAAGACUCUUGAGGCAAAAGUUGUCGCAGUGUAUAAUGUUAUCUACAAGAAAAGAUAUGGCCUCCUCUUCAUCCGCACUUUUGUCAUAGCUUUUAGACAAGCUGUGACCAGAACACGAAUGGAAAAUACUGAAGCAGAGGUGGGGGUUGAGUUCAACAAUACUGCAUCGUCUACUGAUAUCCCACAGUCGGGUGAUGUGGCAGACACCUUAAUAGAAGCUGUGUCUAACUCCAGCAACAACUUCAACCUCUCUGUUCUGAGCGACUCCAUCAAAGUAGUUCAAACAACUGCAGCCCCCACUUUAAAUACUACAGCUACAACAAAUACAGUGACCAGUGCUGCAACUCCAAUUAUUGCUGCUACAACUACAACAACAAUGGUCGCAACUACAACCACAACAACUCCUUCAACCACUACAUCUGUAGCGACAACUGCUGAGGCAGUCACAAUCAGGCGGCUGACUUUUAGAUCUGCUGGACAGACAUUUAUAAGUGACUUGCUGAAUCCAUCAUCUGCAGCAUUUAUAAGUCGAGCCACACUGAUAAAGUCAACACUUGAACCUUUCUACCGAAACGCAUUUCCUUCAUUCCGCUCCUUGACAGUGAUUUCUUUCAGAAAGGGAUCAAUCAUCAACACCAUGGACCUUCGAUUUGCAUCUACAUCUGUACCUAAUGACACUCAGAUUGGAAAUACUUUGGUCAGCGCAGCCCUCAACAUUGACACCACUUUCAUUUCUGUGAAUGGCAUACAAGUUUCAAGUGGAGUGAGCCACAAGAUCAGUCUCAUCACUGCAUCCUUCCUUGUGCUGUUGUCAUGGCUACUUUCAAGCCAGCAAUAGUGACAGUGCUGAUAUCCAUGUGAAACCCCAUUAUAAACUGACUGCUAUCACUGGUCUAAAAAAGGACAUUGAUCUUAUUAAAAAUCCAAGAAGACCCCUGAGUAUAUGGCUUGGAAAGAACUUCCAGGCAUUUAAUUCGAAGUCGGGAUGACCACACACAUUGAUAACAAAGUUUGACUGCAAUGGCACAUUUUAUUCAAACCUUCAACAUUGUUCAUGUUUUUAUCAAUUCAUCUUAAAAAUCUGGUAUUUUCUCUCUUGGCCUAAUCUCAAGAAGGUCAUCCGUGUUUUUGUUUAAUCUUGGUUAGAUUACUAUAGUUCGUCAUAUUCAGGGUUGAGCUCACACAUUCAGCUGGUACAGAAUGCAGCUGCUGGGCUUUUAACGAAUACCAGAAGACGAGAUAGCCUCUCUUCACUGGUUAGCAGUUAGUUUGAGAAUUUGGCUGAUCACCUUUAAAGCACGAAUUGCUGCUCUCUUUGAGCCAGGUCGCAGUCUCAGGUCCUCAGGCAGGGCUCUGCUAGCUGUUCCUGAAGACUAAAGGUGACCAGGCUUUUGCAGUCAAGGCCCUUAAGCUCUGGAACCUGCUCCCCGAGGAUCUGAGGCUUGCUGAGUCACUGACAUCUUUAAGAUCCCUUCUAAAAACAAAAAUAUCCUUUUAUUAAUUCUAGCACAAUGCCUUAUUAGCAACAUGUAUUAUCUGUUUUACUAUUAAUAAUUAUCUUUAUUGAUGGGGGUUUAUUCAAUUUUAUUUCUGUAUUAUUUUAAUUGUCUGAUUUUAUUCACCUCAGUCCUUGAAUGUUUUAAUCCUGGUUCAACUCUUUGAAACCGAUAUAACCCAAGAUUACUUACAUUAAAUUAAGUUUUACUCUAUAUAAGAGCUGCUCAGUUAUUAAAGUUGACAGCAAAAAUAAUUCUGACUUUCAGUGAAGAAAAACAUUUAGCCAAUACUGUACUCUAGCCCCUCCAGCCGUGACCCAGUCAUAAUUAUGUUGAUUGUUGUAGCAUUCAUGAAAUAUACAAUGUCUUAACAAUGCCCUAUAUGAUUAUCUGGUCACUUGUCUUAUUUAUAUGUAUUUAUGUUAUCAUACAUAUGUGUAUUCUCUGAGAUUACCUGUAUUGUUGUAUAAUUUGAAUAAAAAAUAAAAAUAAUAUAGUUCUUUAUGAUGAUCAGGAUACAAAAAGAAAAAAUGAAAAAAAAUCUCUUUAUACUAAGUUCUUACCAUGUAAAGCAGAUACCAAAAUAAAUCACAUUAUAUUGAAGAUCCUUCCAUUAAAGGCACUGAAUAUACGUACAGACAAUCAAA